GCCAUGGUGCCAAGUGAGGCUACAGCUAUACGCUACGAGUUUAACUAUGGUUCUGCAGAAAAACCGGCAUGACCAGCAAAGAAAUGUGUUUACUCCUCGGAGCGACCGGUGUUGGUAAGACGUUGUUGCUCAAACGUCUACAAAAGUUUAUCGUACAUGGUUUAGAUGAAUUAGGGACACCACCUUCAACUCUUCCCACAGUAGGAACCAAUCUGACAGACCUGACCGUGAAGAAGAAGAAGGUGACUGUGAGAGAGCUGGGAGGCUGCAUGGGCCCUAUAUGGCCCAGUUACUUCAAAGACUGCUCCUCUGUCAUUUUCAUGGUGGAUUCAGCCAACAUUGCUCAGAUAUCCUCCUCCUGUAUCCAGCUGCUGUCAGUACUCUCAGCUGAGCCUCUGAGCAAGGCCUCUGUGCUUAUUCUCUUCAACAAGAGGGACACGCCUUGCACUAUGAGCCUUAUAGAGAUAAAGUCACUGUUCAGGAUGGAUGACAUUGUUGCAUCUGCGACUCAGCCAAUCACAACACUGGAAGUCAGUGCCAGAUCUGGAGAGGGACUUAAAGAGGUGAUGAGCUGGCUGGAGUCCGUCACAGUCAAGUGACAUACGCUUACUGACUACUUCAUUAGAUGGUCAGAGGAGAAGGAGACCAGAGGGGCUAAGAACAGGAAACAGGCUACAGUUUGCACAGGCUAACCAAAGUUAGACAUCAAAGAAUUGAAAAAUGUUGCCUGGUCCAGUGAGUGUCAGUUUCUCCCGGGAAUUUGGAUGGUAUUGUUACAAUUUGGCAUAAAUAAAAUGAAAGUAUAGAUCCACCCUGCCUUGUAUCAGAGGAUCAGGCUGGUAGCGGUGUAAUGGUGUGCCGGAUAUUUUCUUGGUACCCUGCACCCAGCAGGAUAACGCAGUAUGUCACAAAGCUCCAGUCAUGAACUUGACAAUCAGUUCACUGUACUCAAAUGGCCUCAAGAGUCACCAGAUCUCAAUUCAGUGGAGCACCUUCAAAGUCUGGUGCAAACUCACACCAUGGUUGUGCAAUAUGACAAAUCUGCAGCAAGUGCAUAAGACUGUCAAGUCAAUAUGGACCAAAAUCCAAGGAAUGUUUCCAGCACCUUGUUAAAUAGAAUUAAAACAGUUCUGAAGGAAAACUAGUGAGGUAUACCUAAUAAAGUGGCCAGUGACUCUGUGUGUGUGUGUGUGUGUGUGUGUGUGUGUGUGUGUGUGUGUGUGUCAGUCUCUGUAUUUGUAUCUUAUAAUAGUGAUACUGUUUAUACAAAACUCUUAAAAAUGUUCUGCCUUUUGGUCUUUAUCAGCUUAUAUGCUACUCUGUUGAGGUUUUCAUGGUGUGUUUCUCGCGUAAGAGUGUUUAUCUUUGGUAACACAAACACAUAACUGUACAUUAGGCAGAGUGAAGAGGACGAAGUGAUAGUAUAACAGGAUCAAAUGAUUGUCUCAUUUGUAAAGGUCUUACUUUCAUGCAUUUGUUAUUCCACACAGAGUGGGAAUCUGGGGUAUUCCUGAUUGAUAGUGUGACUUAUCAAAGUUCCAUGGCUGUUUUCCUUGGCUGUAAAUCACAUGAACUCUGUCUGAAAUUAAAAAAAAAGCUCUUUCGCUUCAGAUUUAAUAUAAAAAAAAAUGAGUAACAACUCUUGAAGAUUUUACAGAAUAUUUUCUCAUGUAAGGCAUUCAGUAUUUACCUUUGUAUGUUUUUUUUCUUAAUGACAGUUUGGAUUUUGUGUAUGAACUUUGUUUUCAGUGUAUGUGGAUUGUUAUGUUAUGUUUUAAUUGAGAGGAGCAGUUUUUUGUGUUUCUUUUUUGGCUUAUUGUCGCUUUUUUUCUGUUUAUUCUGGUAGUGGUGUAAUGUAAGAACAGGUAAUAUUGCUGACUUCAUUACCAGCAGGGGGCGCAAACUGCUUAUGAGACAGCGAUACUGGGUGUGUUCCUGAGUCGUCAUGAUUUCAUGUGACAUGUAUUGAUACCAAGGGAAAUGAGUAAAUGCAAGUGAAUAAACCCAUGUGAAGAACUGAGCAGUGUUGUAAAUACACUCCUAUAUUUGGUGAAGUCAGUGGUUUGCAAGCAAUGAAUAAACUCAUAUUCAUACA